AUGUUAUCUCGCUCUAAUGAUGCCCGUCAUUUGACGGAUAAAAGCUUAGCGCCUUUUUACCGCAAUCGAAGGAGAUUGCCUGGGAAACAGCGUCAGUAUGAAUCUUCCAGUAAAGCCAAACGACAGCUGGUCAAGAGGAAUCCGCCGUCGUCUUCUGGUAGAAUCGACACACUUCCACUCGAAAUGGAAGUAAGCUCAACAAGUAAAAAGAAGACGCCCGGGUCAAGGACCUAUCGUUAA